UGCAAAGCAAAUGGGUUUUUUUCUCCACUAAAGAACACGGUCCACACUCCCACUUUAGGACAAAACUUCUCCUUAAAACUGCUUCUCGUACGAGAAAUCAAACAUACGAUCAAUCAUGGACAACAUAUCAGCUCCACCCAUGUUCACGACAAACAAUUUCUUUGCUCCCAUGCUGGUAUCCAUAGCCGGCAUAGUCUCCACCUGCGUAGCCAUAUUUAUAUACCAUUUCUUGGUAGUCAAGUACUACCGGCGCCGGCGACAUGGGGGUCGGGUAAACGGGGAUUCCGGCGAGGUCCAUUUGGGCGUGGGAUUGGACCCGAAAUUGCUUGAAACUGUCCCGGUCAUGCCGUUCUUGUUAGCCCGAAAACGUGACGAUUUUCGGGACGAUCAGAGGGAGUGCGUGGUUUGCCUUGGGGAAAUGGAGGACGGGGAGACAGUGCGGUUGUUGCCGGAUUGUCGGCAUGCGUUUCACGUGCCGUGUAUAGACCGGUGGUUCGUCGCGCAUUCCAACUGUCCCGUUUGCCGCUCUCCGGUGGUUUUUCGCGACGAAAGUGUAAAUUCUCCGCCGGAAGGUGACGAAAAUAAUAGCGACGAAAACAGUGACGAUCACGAUCACGCCGUUUCGUCUUCUUUGUCGUCGUCGCAAAUGCAGUCUUGUGGGCUGCUUCGUCACUGCGCGUCGCUUGUACUGCCGAUGGAGCGCCGCGCGUCGCCAAAGAGAUUGAUAACGGGGUUGAAACGGUCGUUAUCUAUGGACCAAUCUUUCGUUAUUGUUGACAUGCAAAUGGAAACGGAAGAUGAUGAUCGGAGACGGCACUGUUCAUCGUCUUCUUCAAAGGAAAGGCUAACGAGGAGCAUAUCCAUACGGCAAUUCGACAUUGUUCCGUCGAAGUUGGUCGUGUCUUUGUCGUCACGAUUACGCAUUGGGAGACCAACGCAAAUUCUUCCCUACUGAAAUUUUUUUUUAUAGAAAAUUUGCAAUCUUAAUUUAUGAUAUUAGCUAGCUUUUAUGUUAAAUAAAACAGUGUCAAAUACGGAGUACUAAAACGGGUAUGAAAUAUUACACAUUUGAUAUAAUUUGAGAAAAUGGAACAUGUUGGUUUUAUUAAUCACCAGAGUAGUCAAACGGCGGGUCAACACUACCAAGAAAAUUGAAUAAAAGAUUGAGAAAAAAGUAUUUUAUUGCUCUGGGUAUAGUAUGUGUGAAAAAGCUUAACACUUUUUCAA